AUGGCUCAGGAGUGUGAUCGCGUUGCCGGCGGGAAGCCUCUCAACUUCGGCGUGGUGCUCUUCCCAGCAUUCCAGGCGCUCGACGUCUUCGGGCCUCUGGAUGCUCUCAACUUGCUGUCCCGGUCUUACCACAUGAACCUCUACACCAUCGCAGAUACGCUAGACCCUGUGUCGACCAAGCAGGACACCACGCACCAGCCUUCCACCACUGACUCCGACUUCGGCCAGCGCAUCGUGCCGACUCAUACCUUCAAGACGGCCCCGCCCCUCGACGUCCUCAUCGUUCCAGGCGGACAGGGCACGCGGUACCCGAGCGUCAGCACAGCCAUCGACUUCGUCAGGCAAAGGUCCGAUUCGCUGCAGUACCUUCUCACCGUCUGCACCGGUUCGGGCGUGGCGGCGCGGGCUGGGGUUCUGGACGGGAGGCGAGCGACCACAAACAAGCUGUCGUGGAAGGAAACAAUCGCGCUGCGGCCCGAGGUGGAAUGGGUACACAAGGCACGGUGGGUGCGGGAUGGGCAUAUUUGGACAUCCUCGGGCAUCAGUGCCGGCAUCGAUCUGACGUUCGCCUGGAUCGGAGCCGUGUACGGCAAAGACGUCGCCAAGAACAUUGCCGACAGGAUGGAGUAUACCCCGGUCGAAGAUCCGAGCUGUGACCCCUUUGCGGGCCUUUGGGGCUCGAAGGAGUAG